GAUGCUGCUGAAUUCGGCGGGCACGAGAGCCCGUGAAGGCUGCGUUCUGAACGAAAUCCAGAUCACUGUAAAAUGGCGCAAAGGAGGCGAGGAGAUUGUUGACAACAUCUCGCUUGACGAAUCUGCCGGCAAUGCCUUCCUCAAGCGGAUGGCGUCUUCAUCUUCAUCGGUUUCGGCUUCCACCGCCAGCGGGCACACGAGCGGCGGGUACACUGCCGACGCCUCCAGCACGUCCAAGUCCAGCAACGGCUCCUCCAAACGCGUUUCGACCCUGUCGUCGGUGACGCUGUCGACCAUCGAGGGUCGCGGCGGGCGCCUCUCCAUCGCCUCGUCGAUGGAGAUGGUGCCGCUACCGUCGCAGCAGGCGCGCCGCGCCUCCGUCGUCUCCGUGCAGCCCUACUCGCCCGGCAGCGAUGUGGAGGUCAUACCGACCAUUCCAGAGUUCGUGUCGCCGGACGGCAGGCCGCCGCGGCCGCACGGCCAGCCGACGGCCGUGUCGUCGCUGGCCAGCGCCGGCGACUCGCUGCCGGAGGAGUCGCAGGGCGGCCGGCCGGCCAAGCGGGUGGCCUUCUCGCAGGAGGCCGGCGCGCACGAGUCGCACGUGACGGGCACGAGCAGCUCGAGCCCCGAGAUCGGCGAGCUGCCGCCGCCGGUGUCGGAGCCCGACCGCCGACUGACCGGCCAGGAGGAGCACGAACUGAGCGAGCGCGAGCAGAGCCAGCUGGCGAGCCGCGCACUCCAGCCCGGUCUGCCCUGUUUCGCCAUGUGGGUGGACCAGAGCUACUACCCUGGCCGGCUGGUGGCGCCCGGCCGAGGCGGCCGCUGGCAGGUGCAGUUUGACGACGGCACGGAGCGCCAGGUGCCCGAGGCGCAGGUGCUGCCCGUGAUCACGCUCUGGAGCGGCCUGUCCGUGUUCGUAGCGGCCCGAGGCCGAGGAGGAGUACCACUCGGCCAUCAUCACCGGACACCGGCUGACGACGCGCGAGGACGAGGUGGAGUACAUCGUGUCCCUGGACGUCCGCGGCGUGACGUGCGCGGUGGGCCGCGCCCGCGUGCUGCUGACCCGGGACCAGGCGCAGAUCGUGACCGAGCGCCGUCGGCCGUCGCUGGGCAGGCUGGCCGUCGGCUCGCCCUCCCGCGACCUCAGCCUCGAUAACCUGAUGACGGGCCGGCGACGGACCGG